AUGUCCACUUGGACUUUUGCGCAUGACAUUGAUCGUAGUCAAUAUACAUGGCGUAGUAGGGAAAGAGGUGGGUGGCAAUACUUCCUAGAAGAUAGCCAUGCAGCUUCUGUGAUUGGCUACUCCACACAAUCCUUAUCUAUCACGUGUCAACUGAUAGUGGAACUAUUUUUCCGAAUUUAUGACAAGCGUUAUUUUUCUUUCCCACGAUUCGACACAAUAAUCUGUGAAUACAAUGUUAUGCAACGUCUCACAUCUUUUAUCAUGACCUCAAUCCCCAAGAAAGUUCCUAUUCCUAGGAAAGGUGUGGACUAUAGGGGCAAGAUAGUACUUGCUCCUAUGGUGAGAUCCGGCGAACUUCCUUCACGUUUACUUGCUCUUCACUAUGGAGCAGAUUUGGUAUGGGGCCCCGAGACGGUUGAUCGAUCCAUGAUUGGAACAACACGAAAAGUGAACACCGCCCUUAAUACAAUCGAUUUUACGCGGCUCCCUUCUCAAGGACAUAAAGAAAAGAAUGCAAAUCUGAAUGAAAGCCUCAUAUUCCGCCUCCAUCCAGAACUCGAAGGCAAAAAACUCAUAUUUCAAAUCGGCACAUCCGAUCCAGAAAAAGCAGUCCAAUGUGCGCGCAUGGUGGCCGCAGACGUUGCGGGCAUUGAUGUAAAUGCAGGAUGUCCGAAACCAUUCAGUACAAGUGGCGGUAUGGGGGCAGCACUUCUACAAACCCCAGAUAAAUUAUGCGCUAUUCUCGAAGCUUUAGUCAAGGAAAUUGUACCAGAAUUUGAAAUUGGAAUAAGUGUGAAGAUACGGUUAUUGGAAACUCCUGAGAGGACUGAGGCUCUGGUACGAAAGCUUUGUGCUACUGGUAUUACAGGCCUCACUAUCCAUUGUCGAACUACGCCAAUGCGUCCAAGGGAAAGAGCCAUCCGAGGGCAACUUAAGAUGAUCGCGGAUAUCUGUCGUGAGAGUGGUAUCGCUUGUUUGAUGAAUGGAGACGUAGAAAAUAGAGAUCAGGCCUUAAAAUUGGCCGAAGAAUAUGGUACAAAUGGUGCUAUGAUUGCUGUGGCAGCCGAAGCAAAUUCAAGUUGCUUUAGAAGUGAAGCUGAUGGUGGCUUGGCACCAUGGGAAGAGGUGGUUCUCCAGUAUAUGAAGUUCAGUCUGGACAUGGAGAACAGGUUCGGAAAUACGAAAUAUCUAUUAAACCACCUGAUACCAGGAAAAUCUCCAAUAUAUCGGGCCAUUCAGCAGUCCAAAAACUACCAGCAGUUAUGCGACCAUUUAGGUCAUAAAAGUUUACUCGAACAGGCAAUAGAUGUGGACGAGAAAAUCGGAAUCUCUGAUAAACAGGUCGAGGAGCACAAACUCAAACAAGCACAAGCAAAGGCAGAAGCAAAGGCAGCAAAGAAGAAAAGAAAGAAUGAGGAGGAGGACGGAGGGGAACAAAAGAAAAUUCGAAGUCUUGAAAAUCCUGCCCAAUCCUCGACUUUGACGGAGACGGAAAGCGCACCUUUGACUGAACUCAAACCAGAGAUGACAAUUAGUGCUUAG